GACCUUCCGUCCCUCGGCGGCACCGGUCAAGUCACGACCCGACCCCGCCCUCGGGGUGGACACGGACUGUAUAAAUGGUCGGACAGCGGGCAGCAGGGGCACAGUCAACAUCGACCAGUCACCGAGCAACAAAACAUGAUUAAGUUUGUCGUUUUCAUCCUGUGUGCGGCCGCCGCGGCUGCCGGCGGUGGAUAUGGUGGUGGAUAUGGUGCCCAGAGCCACGUCAGCGUCCAACAGUACAAUCCUUGGGGCAGCAGCAAAUACGGAGUUCAUCAGACUCACGCCACUUAUGCCGGCCAUGGCGGUGGAUACGGCGGAUACGGAGGAUACGACAAGUUUGUCGGAGGAUACGCCAAGGUCUACGUUCAGGCCCAGGGAUCUGGUGGAUAUGGACACAGCGGAUACGGCGGUGGACACGGCGGAUACGGCGGUAGACACGGCGGAUACGGCGGUGGACACGGUGGAUACGGUGGUGGACACGGCGGAUACGGCGGUGGAUAUUCCUACGGAUACAGCGCCGACGUCGGACAUGGUGGAUACGGUGGAUCCGGCCAUGGAUCAGGAUAUGGUCAUUGAUUGUCGUUUAUUCACUUACAUAUAUAUGAUGAUCAUGAGUGUUGGAUGUCGGAGUGAUGGGUAUGUACAGUAUAUCUAAAAAGUAUGUCCCCUGGUUUGGCUCUCCCACAGGAGGCGAAUCGGUAACUUGGCUGAAUCCCAGUUGCGGCAUCUGGCCGCCAGGGUCGCUGCCGCGCGAGCGGCCUUGACCGCUCGCAUGUCACUUAUCGGGGUUACAUGAGCACAGUAAAUACGUAUUUAACCGCUAAUUCGAAUUAGGAACGCAUUACCGACUCAUGUAGCCACCUGCUAGUACGAAUCGGCGAUCCGAUCCGCGGUUACAUGAGCAAAGCAAAUACGUAUCACGAUCGGAUUCACCGCUAAUGCGAAUCAGGAGCGUACUACCGACUCAUGUAUCCACCUGCUAAUACGAAUCGGCGGUCCGAACAAAAUCCGCUGGGAAAUAGGCUUAGAAGCGAAUAGGACCAAGAUACGUAUUACAGGAACUAUUUCUUCGCAAAAAGAAA